CACACAGCACCAUGGCCAAGUUCCUGACUCAGAACCAGAUUAACGAGUUUAAGGAGUGUUUCUCUCUGUACGACCGGCAGCGUAGGGGGAAGAUUGAAACCCGCGAGCUGAUCACAGUGAUGCGGUGUCUCGGGUCGAGCCCCACCCCCGCUGAGGUGCAGCGACACCUGCUGAACACAAAUUCGGACGGAGAGCUGGACUUCUCCACCUUCCUGAGCGUCAUGCACCGGCAGCUCCAGCAGGAGGCGCCGGAGGCGGAGAUCCUGGAAGCCAUGAAGAUGGCCGACAAGGAGCAGAAAGGCUUCAUCCUCGCCGCCGAGCUGCGAGCCAAACUGACCGGGCUGGGAGAGAAACUGACCCACCGAGAGGUGGACGAGCUGCUGCAGGAGGCGGGCGUCGGGCCGGACGGGCGGGUCCACUGUGAGCAGUUUGCUGAAGCCGUGACUCGCUCCUCUGCAAAGCGCUGACGUCACAAACAUCACAAGCUGCAAUCAACACUUUGACUUUCAAACAUUUUAUUCUAUUUGUUUUGUUUAAUAAUGUUUGUGACGACCAGACGGAACAAACAAAGUGUUCCUGCAGUUCACGCUCCAUCGUGACUCUGAAAGUCUCGUCUUCUAAAAGUGCAAUAAAUCCUCUGUUGCCGUU